UUUAAAAUGCUCACUCUGUUAAAAAAUGGCUGAUCAGGCAGGAGCAGAGAUGCGAUGCAGUUGUUUGUAGGCUAUAUUCUGUGUUUUGUGACGCCUGUCUUGACCAGUCCUGGUUUCGACCCCUGUAACGACUACACUAUCUUGGAUGAACCUUGGAGGGCUACCAACUACACUGAUAACUUCAGUCAUUGCGACAGUCACGUCUCCUGGCACGGCUGGUACCGGUUGCUCUACCAUGGACAGACCAUACGGAUGCCCGAGGAGUGCGUGCGUUCAUCUGCAUGCGGUACCGCUGGCCAACUGUGGAUGAAUGGUCAUCACCCUCGACUACAGGAUGGGAUAGUUACAAGGAAGAUAUGUAAGGCUUUGGCCUGGCGUAGCUGUUGUUUUCUCAGAAGCCCUCCGAUUCAAGUCAAAGCUUGUCCAGGAGACUACUAUGUCUACAAGUUUGUCGCGCCCAAUGGCUGUUAUUAUGCUUACUGUGCAGAUGUGAAGACCAUAUCCACAAAUGUUUCUCCUACAUCUGCACCUGUGCAAACCUCAACAGUCUCUACAAACCCUUGCGAUGAAGCCAACUGCGUAGAAGAUGAGGUAUGUGGGGAAGUAAAUGGAAUCUAUGGCUGUUUGUGCAAGAAGAGCCAUCACCUUCCUGCCCCAGAGUCAUUUGGUUUGGUUGCCACAUGUCACAAUAGCUCCUGCUGGAUCUCACUGUCCCGCUGCCUCCUCUUUGAGGCUGGCUUUCCUGCUCAAGUUCUACACCUCAGCGACGUGAACUGCACCGGCACAGUCCAAGAUGGACGGGUGGAGUUCCAUUUCAACAAUGACGACCAGAAAUGCGGAACAGUUCUAAAGGCCAAUAAAACCCACUUCAUCUACGAGAAUUCUAUUGAGGGUAAAGCCGACUCUGCAGAAGGUCUUAUUAUUAGCAGACCGAGACAACUGAGCCUGCAGUUUGUCUGUGAAUAUCCUAUUAAACGCAAUGCUUCCAUCGGUAUGGCGACCCAUGUCUUAAAAAGUGUUAUACACCUGAAGUUGCCUGCAGCACAUGGGACAUACCAAGUUCAUAUCACUCCAUAUAAGGAUACAGAGUUCACACAGCAGUUCAGUGGCAAUGAGACGGGCCAACCUGAUGAGAUGAUGUGCAUAUCGGUGGACGUGGAAGGAGUGGACAGCCGCCAGUUCUCCAGUGUACUGGACUCCUGUUGGGCCACACCCGUCCAUGAUUCAACUUCUUCCACCAACUGGGACCUCAUCACUAAUCAGUGUCCCAACCCGAAAGAUGGCACAGUGAAGGUGCUGAGAAAUGGGGUGUCCACAAGCAGCCGUUUCUCCUUCAGGAUGUUCACCUUCGGUGAGACCCCAUCUCCAGUGUACCUCCACUGUAGCCUUCACCUCUGCCCUCUGGAGAGCAACAGCUGCAUCCCGAACUGUGACCAUGUCCAUCAGCACCAAGCCCACACAUCUGCAGGCUACGAAGAUACUGUCACUGUUUCUUAUGGGCCACUAUUCCAUGGUAUACAUACAGAUAUGCUGAACGUCCUGGCUCCACUGCCAAAGAGACCCUCUCCUAAGUUGUAAACAUUGGUCAUUUCCAUUCCUGGACAGCUGUGCUGUGUGGUUUAAAAAAUGAUAAUAAAGACAUACUUUUGAUUAAAAAAAAAUAUAUAUGAAUAAUAAAUCAUAUAAUUUAUAAAUGAAUAAAUGA